AUGGAUUUCUCCGAACUGGAAGCCACCGAGGGCCUGCGCUGGUCGUGGCACUCGUGGCCCGUUUCCAAGCAUGAAGUCUCAUCUCUGGUGGUGCCACUAUCAGUCAUGUACACUCCAUUAAUGGAGUUCAAUGAGCUUCCUGUCCUCCCUUACGAGCCCCUCACUUGCUCUGGAUGCACCGCCCUUUUGAACCCUUACUCGCGCGUCGACUACACUUCCAAAAUCUGGUCGUGCUCCUUCUGCCAUCGGAAAAAUUCCUUUCCAAAAUCGUACACGCACAUCAACGAGAACAAUAUCCCUGCGGAGCUGUUCCCAACUUACAGUACCGUCGAGUAUCAUCUGUGCACGAGCCAGUUCUCGGGCCUGGAUCCGGGCCUUGGAAGGAGUGCGAGUGCGCCAAUGGGGUUGAGAACGAACAAUAGCUCGUUUUCGAGUAUGUCUGUGUACUCCAGCUCAGACUGGGCUGGAUCCGGGACUGGUGUUGGGGUCGGGCCCGCAUUUGUAUUCGUUGUGGAUGCUUGCUCGUCGGAGGAGGAGCUUGGGAUGCUGAAGAAGGAGCUGCUACACGUGAUUGCACAACUGCCGGAAAAUUCUCUUGUUGGUCUGGUGGUUUUCGACUCCAUGGUGAAGGUUUACGAUUUGGGGUUCACGGAGUGUUUGAGAGUCGUGAUGUUUCACGGCGAACGUGAGGUUUCAUCGGAGCAGGCCAAACACUUUCUGGGACUUCAUCACACGAAGCACUCCUUCGGAAAGGCACCAAUGCAACAAAGGCAACACGAGUUUUUACUGCCAGUGUCCGAGUGCGAGUUCAGUAUCACGACCGCAAUCGAGGACAUCCACACUUCGCCCCCUGUCGAGCCAGGUCACCGCCCCCUUCGCUCCACGGGUCCCGCCAUAUCUGCUGCCGUGGACCUUCUGGAAGGCUGCUCGGUGAGCACCGGCGCCAGGGUGAUGGUCUUCACGUCGGGGCCCUCAACUAUCGGGCCAGGUGCAAUCGUGGGCCUUGACCUUGCCAACCCCAUCCGGACCCACCGCCACCUCAACGGUGGCCACACCCGGCACCACAAGAAAUCCAUCGAGUUCUACAAACAAAUAUCUCGCAGGCUAACUGACUCGUCCGUUGUGCUCGAUCUGUUCGCCUGCUCUCUAGAUCAGGUAGGAGCCUACGAACUAAAAGACCCCGUCGAGCAGUCGGGCGGAUAUAUGAUACUAGCCGAGUCGUUCGGGUCCGAGCAGUUUGCCAAGUGCCUGCACCGCAUAUUCAACCGUGAAAUGUUCUUCGACGCGACCAUCGAGAUUGUGACGACAAGGGACGUCAAAAUACGCGGGGCCCUUGGUCCUUGCGUCUCCCUCGGUAGGAUCAGCGAGUCAGUGAGCGAGCAUCCCAUAGGCCAGGGCGGGACCCAUGUCUGGAAGCUGUGUACGCUCACCAGCAAGACGUGUGUCGCCUUCUUUUUCGAGAUCGGAGACGAGCAAAGGGCCCAGGCGGGGUCCGCUUUUCUCGUGCAGCUCAUCACGCGAUACAGGCAAGCUGGUGGGGCUGUAAGAAAACGGGUGACCACUGUGGCCAGGAGAUGGGUGGCAAAAAACUCGCCGGAGAUCGCGGCCGGGUUCGAUCAGGAGGCGGCGGCAGCAGUCAUGGCCCGGCUGGCGGUCCACCGGAUGGAGAACAGCUUUGCCCACGAUGUCAUUCGGUGGCUCGACAAAACCCUGAUCAGCUUCGCCUCGAAAUUUGGGGACUAUGUGCAGGAGGACCCGUCCACCUUCCGCCUCUCGGCCAAUUUCUCCCUCUACCCACAGUUCAUGUACUACCUGAGGCGAUCCCAGUUUAUCGAUGUUUUCAACAGCACGCCGGACGAGACGGCCUACUUCCGCCUGAUGCUCAAUCGUGAGGGAGUUGUGAACUCUCUUAUCAUGGUGCAACCGACCCUUUUUCAGUACUCAUUUGAUGGGCCACCCGUGCCGGUUGUUUUGGACGUGUGCUCGAUCUCCACCGACGUGAUUUUGCUCUUCGACUCGUUUUUUUAUGUCGUGAUCCACUAUGGUUCAAGAAUCAGUCAGUGGAGGAAGAUGGGGUAUGACAGGGACCCCACACACGAGAGCUUCAGGAAGUUGCUGGAGGCGCCAGAUGUAGAUGCCGAGCAGCUCAUGGCAGAAAGAAUACCGGUGCCAAAGAUGAUAAAGUGCGAUCAGCACGGGAGCCAGGCAAGGUUUCUUCUUGCCAAGUUGAAUCCGUCUGUGACGCAGAAUUCUAGUCAUGCGGAGGGUUCGGAGGUUAUAUUCACGGAUGAUGUGAGCUUGCAGGUGUUCAUCGAGCACUUGCAAGCUCUGGCUGUCCAAGGGUAG